UGUUCUAUAUCGAUCCCAAUUAGUAAUUCGAGCCAAUUCGAGGGGGAUGUGAGUAAUUUAUCUAAAUUUCUGGGCACAGCCUCUUUUGACAAUUGUCUCGAACAGGUGAUGUUUGUGAAGUGCAACCCUAAACCGCGAAGGAAAAUCCAAAUCCAGAGAAUCCGGCGAUUAAAUUGGAGCAGACGGAAAUCGGCGAUCUGGAAAACCAUGAAAAACCUCUCGGUACCAUCAGCUUCCUCUAGGAAUCCCGUUAAGUUCAGGAUUCCAACGGCCGAGAACCUGGUUCCAAUCCGUCUGGAUAUCGAGAUCGAUGGUCAGAGGUUCAGAGAUGCGUUCACGUGGAAUCCCUCUGAUCCAGAUUCAGAGGUGGUGGUAUUUGCGAAAAGGACUGUUAAAGACUUGAAGCUUCCUCCAGCAUUUGUUACACAGAUUGCUCAAUCCAUUCAAUCACAGCUGACAGAAUUUCGAUCAUUUGAGGGACAGGAUAUGACCACUGGUGAGAAGAUUGUGCCCAUCAAGCUUGAUCUUCGAGUAAAUCAUACGCUGAUAAAAGACCAGUUUUUGUGGGACUUGAACAACUUUGAGAGUGAUCCAGAAGAAUUUGCAAGAACCUUCUGCAAAGAUUUGGGUGUUGACGAUCCUGAAGUUGGACCUGCAGUUGCUGUCGCGAUCAGAGAACAACUAUAUGAGAUUGCAAUGCAAAGUGUAGCUUCAGCAAAGGAAACCAGAAUAAACAAGAAGGGCCGCAGAGGGGCCGAACAUUUCCCUGCCAGUGCCAGUAAGGUUGGUGGAAGUGCAUUAGAUUUGAUGAAGUUGUUUGGUAACAGAGCGAGUGCCAUCCGGAAGAGAAGGGAGUGGGAUGUGUACGAACCCAUUGUUGAUCUUCUGUCGAAUGAGGAAGUAGAUGCCCUCGAGGCAAGGGAGGAGCAGAGGAAUGCUCGGGCAUAGAGUUUGUUGUACAGGUUGUAGUUGCCUUCGAAUCUCUUGCAUUGAGUUUAAGGAUAAAAAUGAUUGGUGGCUUGCAUGGAACGUCCUGAACAAAGUAGGUUUUAUUUCUCUUUACGCGUGUGUGUGUGUGUAUAUAGAAUAUCAGUAUGUUAGGAGAAUUACACGUCAACCAUCGGCAUGAGGCUUGAUGAAAAGUCCAUUUUUAUCAAGAAAUAGUAUCAUCAGAUUGUGGCCAAGAGGUGAUGUGUGUGUGUGUGUAUAUAUAUUGUCAUAUUAUUAACGAGAAUCAAGCAAAGGAAAGGUACCAAUAGCCAAACAAAGAAUUGUUAGCAUUCUCUUCCUUUCCUUGGCCUGCUUUGUCAGCCGGAAAUUGUUGCCUUGUCCACGUCAUUCUUCGUCACCACCACGAUCUCGAUGAUUCCAUUUCUAUCAUUCGAUGGAAAUCAACAUUAUUUGAUAAUUUUGGCCCUUUGUUUAAA